AUGUCUUCUCAAACAGCACCGUACGGUCAUUGGAAGAGCCCGCUCACGGCGGAGCUUUUGGCAGGCUCCAGCAUAUCGCUUCAAGAAGUCGCUGUCAAUGAAUCUACGGGGGCAAUCUACUCAAUUGAAUGCCGACCCAACGAGGACGGCCGCUUCGCUAUUGUGCAGCAUCUCCAUGGGCAAACAAAGGAUGUUUUGCCCAAGGAGCUGAGCGCUCACGCCACGGUGCAGGAACUCGGCGGUGGCUCCAUUUCUAUGAGACCCGACGGUCAGAUCCUUCUUUCAGAUGAUGAUUCUUGUAAUAUCUAUCUUCUGGACCCGGAGUCGAGCCAAGUCAAGCUCAUCCUCGAAGCACCCAAGGGUAUUCGCUAUGCGGAAUUCAACACCCACCCGAAAAAGUCGGACUGGAUGAUUGCAAUUAAGGAAGACCACCGCGAAGCUACCCCGGAGACUCAGGCCACUCACGUCCACAAUACCCUUGUGGCAAUUGAUAUUAGAUCUGGGAAAGAAACUACCAUUGCGGAAGGUGAUGAUUUCUACUCCCACCCCAAGUUCGACCCUUCUGGCAAGUAUGUUUCUUGGAUUCAAUGGUCCCAUCCAGAUAUGCCAUGGACAGGCACUGUGCUUCACGUGGCGGAGUGGGCCAGUGGAUCUUUGCAAAAUAAUACUUCCAUUGCUGGAAAAGCGAUGGUGGAGAGCAUUGCGCAGCCCAAAUGGGGCUUGGAUGGGCUAUUGUACUUUGCAAGUGAUCGGACUGGGUUUUGGCAACUUUACUCAUACGAUCCAAAGAACGCCAAUACUCGCAGUCUUUCGCUUAAGGGUCUAGAGAAGGCUGAUUUCGCCAUUGCGGAAUGGGAACUUGGAAGCUCCACCUAUAUCUCCCUAGACGAGAGGACAAUAGUGGCAACGGCCAUCACUCAUGCCACUAGCAAAAUUGUCCUCAUUGACACGGUUGAUCUGUCCGUGCGAGAUUUGGAUCUUCCCUAUGUUGACGUCGGAUUCCGCGCCAACGCAAUCUACCGCGUAUCACCAAACAGCUUUGCAGUCGUUGCUGCCUCAGCAACCUCUUUCCAAGAACUGGCAUUGGUCUCAAUCGCGCCCUCAUUUGAAACGCAAACAAAGGUUCUCACCUCAACUGCCUCAUUUGACCUCGCACCGGAGUAUAUCUCUCGUGCUCAAGAAUUCACCGCCCCUCAAAAGUAUGGCCCACGAUGCGAUGGCAAAGUGCACAUGUUUUAUUUCCCUCCUCAGAACCCGGACUUCCUAGCUGAAGGGUCGAACCCUCCCCCUGUUCUGGUAUAUGUCCAUGGUGGACCCAAUGCAAACGUUACCCCGGCUCUGAAUCUGGAAAUCCAGUUCUAUACAACUCGCGGCUUUGCCGUUUGCGCUGUCAACUACACUGGCUCUACGGGCUUCGGACGCGAGUAUCGGGAGCGACUGUCCGGGUACUGGGGCCUGGUUGAUACGGGAGAUGCAGUCAGCGCCGUCAAGUAUCUGGCAAAUGAAGGAUUGAUCGAUGAAGCCCGCGUCGGCAUCUAUGGUGGCAGUGCCGGUGGCUACUUGACCCUGCAAGCCCUGCACAUGUAUCCCGAUGUCUGGGCAGCUGGAAUUAGUUCCUAUGGUAUUAGCGACGUGAAGAUGUUGCAGGCUGAUUCGUACAAGUUUGAGAGCCAAGAUGUGGAUCGGUUGCUUCUGUCUAAAACAGAGAAGCGGGACAGGGAGGAGGAGCUGAAGAAGCGAAGUCCGUGCUUCUUUGCGGAAAACAUUAAGGCACCGCUGCUCCUUCUUCAGGGGACUGUGGAUAUGGUGGUUCCGUUGGCUCAAGCCUGGAAUAUGGCUCAAGCUAUGCAUGCUCAUGGUAGAGUCGCUGAGGUGGUUGAAUUCCCCGGCGAGGGCCAUGGAUGGCAUGGGCACACGGCUAUUCUUGAGUCUUUCAAGCAAAAGGAGAAUUGGUGGAAGCGCCACCUCGCCUAA